AUGACCACGGACACCUUGUACAACCUCAGGUACAAAGCACAGACAGGCCACAACGGCUACUCUACGAGUGCAAAGAUCAGCCCCAAUGGAGCUUACAUUGCCACGAGCUCAUCAGACUGCACCAUCAGACUGUUCGACUUGGAGAAUGGCUCAAAACUGAUUCGAGUCCUGGAAGGACAUCGUGAUGGUGUAAACGAUAUCUCAUGGUCCCCUGACUCGAGACACCUGGCAUCUGUUAGCGACGAUAUGACUCUGAGGGUGUGGGACGUGGAAUACGGCGAAUGUAUAAGCGUGAUGCAAGGGCACACGUAUCAUGUGACAUGUGUUGAGUUCAACCAUAAGGGCAACUUGCUGGUGACUGGGAGCUCAGACGAAGCCAUCAGGCUGUGGGAUGCUCUGAAUGCCAAAUGCCUCAAGACGCUCAGCGCACACAGUGACCCGAUAGCAGCUGUGGAUCUAUGCUGGGACAGCACGAUCAUCGCGAGUGCGAGUUAUGACGGUAUGAUCCGACUGUUUGACACUGAGAGUGGCCAGUGUCUGAAAACGUUGAUAUACGAUAAGGGAGGCUCCUCGUUCCCUGUGUCGUACGUGAGAUUCUCGCCAAAUGGCAAGUAUCUGCUGUCCACAACGUUGGACAACACUCUAAGGCUGUGGGAUUAUAUGAACAACAAGGUUGUGAAGACGUUCCAAGGCGCCAAACUGGAAAAGUACACCUGUUCUUCGAGGUUCAUAAUGGCCAAGGACCCGCUCAUCGCCUCGGGAACUGAGACAGGUGACGUGCUAAUAUGGGACCUACAGUCAAAGGGCAUCAUUGCCACUUUGAAGGUGUCAACCUCGCCCGUACUGGCAAUCGACGUACUCAACAAUACGCUGAUCGCAAUGGACAUACAAGGUAACUUGCUCUGUUACGACCUUAACGAGGGGUUCAGUGGCUACGACAGCGAGCGGACUGAUACUAACUGA